UCGUACAGAGGCACUUACCCACAAAGACACACGCAAACAACCACACACACACACACACACUCACACACUCUCAGUCACUUACUCACUCACUCACCAGAAAUACAUUAACUUCAGAUGACUCCAGAGGCUGAUGAUUAGACUUCUUUCAUUUCUUCUCUCUUUGCGCAAUGCCACGUUCUUUUUUGGUGAAGAGCAAGAGGGCGGGGUCUUAUUCAACACGACCCACCCAUUUCCAUGCCUACGACCAUGAUAGACAUCUCGAAGCCUCUCAGAAACCCAAUCGGAGCACCUCACCUGAAGACAUAGAGCUCCAUCCAAGAUCCGCAGCAACCACCACCGCAUUGGGUUACUCCUCAGUUCAGUGGGUUCCUACGGCAACCAGCCCUGACCCUGCCUCUCAGGCUGAGAACUGGGCCUCCUGGACAGCAGAGCAACUGAUGGGUGAGGAUGGGUCAGUGUCCAUGUGGUCACCCCCUCAUCUGAGGACUGUAGGGACUUUGAGGGACAGAGAACAGGAACUGGAGAGGCUGGUGCAUGCCCUACUGAGCCACAGACUGCAACUCAAUGUCAAAACUCCUCUGUGCGAAUGUCCACUUUGCGAGAAGGUCCUGUCGUCUGCCGUUGGCUUGGUGACCCACCUGCGCAGGUCACACGUUAACAGAGUUGCUGUUCCUUUGACUGGUUUUGGUGUUAACUCACAACAUCAUGGGCUCCAGCCCCCUGCAGGAUUCUACAGCAGAGCUAAAGAACGUAGUUUCGGCUGUAAGGUGUGCGGUAAGGUGUUUAAACGUUCGUCCACUCUGUCCACUCACCUGCUGAUACACUCAGACACGCGGCCUUACCCCUGCCAGUACUGCGGCAAGAGGUUCCACCAGAAAUCAGACAUGAAGAAACACACCUUCAUACACACAGGUGAGAAGCCCCAUGUGUGUGUGGUGUGUGGUAAAGCAUUCAGUCAGAGCUCAAACCUGAUCACACACAGCAGGAAGCACAGCAGCUACAGGCCCUUCAGCUGCCCUCACUGCACCCACAGCUUCCAGAGGAAAGUCGACCUGCAGCGCCACCUGGAGACACAGUGCAACAACAACAGCACAGAGUACAAGGGCAGCUGAGGAGGAGAGCGGACUAAUAAAACAAUCCUGUGUCCUGCUUUGUGCAUGAAUUUGGGGUGUAAAAAUGCAUGACAGUGCAACAGUCUGAAUGAUGACGAUUCAGCUGCAUCAGUUAUGGAGUGUGGGACUGGAUUAUAUUUUGGUCAUAAUAAUAUUCCAGAAAGUAUGUGCUAAUUUUUUGGCCAAAAUAAAAUUCUCUAAAAUUCUUAUCUGUAUAUUUUGCCUCAGUGCCAAAAAUACAGUAGACCAGCCUUCGUUUAUUUAAUUUACCGUCAAAUAAAGUACAAGUUAUCCAUUUCCAGCAUCAGGGAAAAAACAGAAAACAUAUUCAACA